AUGGCUGAAAACCUCCUGGACAUCGGACCUCCGAGCUCCAAGCGGCCGAAACUGAAUUCACCUGCCCUGUCAGCGUCUGAUGGACCAGACCUUGGGUCACUGUCGUGGGAUGAUUUAGAAAAUGACCUCCCAGAUGAGUUGAUUCCCAAUGGUGGAGAGCUGAGCCUGAUGGGUGGGAUGCCAACAAAUGGAGGACCAGCACCUGGGCCUGGUGGUACCACUGUGGUCUCUGAUGCCGCUGCAAAACACAAGCAGCUCUCGGAGCUUCUACGAGCAGGUAGCACCUCCGCAAUCACAGGUGUAGGGCUGAGCUCUGGUAGCCCUCAGCCUGGAGGUAUUGGUCCCCAGCUUGGCACACCUUUGGGUAAGAGCCCUCUUAGCCAAGGCUCACCCAACAACCACCCAUCUCCUCAAGCCCAAAAGGCAGGAACACCAACUGGAGUGACAGGACAGAACAACAACAGUGCUACCACAAUGAGUUUGAACAACCCAGGCUUCAAUCAGGCCUUGAUGAAUGAUAGCCAGAGUCAUUCUGGGCUGUUAACGCAGGGUGGGCAGCCCCAGCCUGGGCAGGUCAUGAACGGGGGACUUGGUCCCGGUGUCGGAAGAGGGCGAGGAGCAGCUGUGGUCGGCAUGCAGUACCAAGGACAAACGAUGCAAGGAGCUGCAUCAGGUGCCGGCAGUGCUUUGGCAGACACGCUCACCCAGGGAGGACAGCAGACACAUGCUACGCUCAAUGCAGCACAGCAAGCAAGCAACAUUAACAAGAUAAACCUUGGAAGCAAUGGGGGUCCGUUUGUGACUCAGUCUUAUGGACAGGGUGCGGCAGGGCCUGGCCAGCAGCUCAACCCUCAGCAGCAGCUCCAGAACAAGGCCGCCCUUGCUAACAGUCUACCACCUUUCCCGAAUGAACUGAAGGUGGCAGCUGUCAACAGUGUGCCAAACAUGCAACAACAACAGGCAGCCAUGUUGCCACUGUCUGGCGGUGGAAGUGUAGCCGCUCCUUCAGCAGGACCGACAGCCGACCCAGAGAAGCGCAAGCUGAUCCAGCAGCAGCUGGUCCUGCUGCUGCAUGCACACAAGUGCCAGCGACGGGAGCAGGCCAAUGGGGAGUUGCGGUCCUGUGCCCUACCUCAUUGUCGCACCAUGAAGAACGUCCUCAACCACAUGACUCACUGCCAGGCUGGAAAGUCAUGCCAGGUGGCUCACUGUGCAUCGUCCAGACAGAUCAUCUCCCACUGGAAAAAUUGCACACGGCAUGACUGUCCGGUUUGCCUGCCGCUGAAGAACGCCAGUGACAAGCGCACACAGCAGCCUAUGCUGAGUUCCCCCAAUACCAGUCUCCAGAACUCCAUGUCUACUGUUGGUGUGGGCCAGUCAAGUACCCCUACCAUCAAUACCUCGACUCCCAUAGACCCGAGUUCCAUGCAGAGAGCAUACGCAGCACUUGGGCUGCCUUACGGUAGCCAAGCCACUGGGCAGGCCCAGUCUCAGCAGGCCUCUGGUCCUGGGCAGCCUGCAGGUGCACAGAAUGUUCAGGCCCAGCAACAGCUUCCUCAACAGAUGAGAUCCAUCAAUGCACUUGGCAACCAGAUGGCUCUUACAGGCUCAACAAUGGGUGUGACCACUUCAGAACAGACUAGCUUGCACAGUGAUUCACUUCCAAACACACUCAACACUAACAAUCAGCUGUUGUCUGAUGGAUCAGCUGUAGGCACAAUGGGCAACCUACCCACAGCUGCGCCCAUCUCCGCCACGGGCACCAGGAAAGCCUGGCAUGAACAUGUAACCCAGGACCUGCGCAAUCACCUUGUACACAAACUAGUACAAGCCAUUUUUCCUACCCCUGACCCGGCAGCAUUGAAGGACCGACGGAUGGAGAACCUAGUUGCUUAUGCCAGAAAAGUGGAGGGCGACAUGUACGAGUCUGCAAAUAGUCGGGAUGAGUACUAUCACUUCCUUGCGGAAAAAAUAUAUAAGAUCCAAAAGGAAUUAGAAGAGAAGAGGCGCUCACGGUUACAGAAACAGAUCAUCAAUCAGGCACCUAUGGCCGCCCAGGGCACCCAGCAACCUGGGCUCCCACAGCCCAACAAUCCUUUAGGCCCCAGGCCACAGAAUGGACCUAGCCCUCUACCAAACAUGCCAAAUCAAAUCAUGAACCGGAUGCAGGUUUCACAAGGAAUCAACCAGUUUAAUCACAUGGCUUUGCCCAAUGCUCAGAUAUCUCAGACGACAAUGGGGCCUCGUGCUGCCUCGCCAAUGAAUCACCCACAACAAAUGAACAUGAACUCUGUCCCAGCGGUGGGAAUGUCACCAUCGCGGAUGCCUCAAACCCAGGGUAUGAUAGCAAGUCACAACAGUGGUAACAUUGUGGGCCAAACAGCCAGCCAGGGACAGUUUAUGGCUCAGACUCAGUUCGGUCCAGGAUCCACCGCUGUCUCUGCAACAGGGGCAAUGAAUGUCACAUUGGCACCUGGAUUGGUACAGCCCCCAGCACAGGCAGCUGUUACUCAGCCACAACAGCAGCAGAGCGCUAACCUCCCCAUGAAUGCACUUGGCCCCUCGCUGGGCCCUCAGCUAGCCUCUUCCCAAACCCCCUUGCACUCAACUCCUCCGCCUGCUGCCUCUUCCGCCUCCACGACUGGGGCGGGCACUAACCUGCCCCUCCCCCAGUCCUCCAGCCGUAGUGCCACUCCCACCCUGUCUGGCCUUGCAUCUGCCCAAGGUGCUACCCCACCCUGUCCAACUCAGCCCCAAACACAAGUGGAGGUCCCCUCGUCAGCACAGACGCAGCCCCUGCCUCAGCCCUUGCCUCAGCCCCCUACCACACCGCUUUCUCAACCAGGAGCCAGUCUGGAUAACCGGGUGCCCACGCCAGCCUCGGCUGCAAGUGCUGACCUCCACUCGCAGCAAGCCGCAGCCGACCUGCCUGUUAAGGAGGUCAAAACAGAGGCACACUAUGAUAAAAAUGAGUUUGAGGCCGCUGGCGGCAAAACUGAACCCAAAAUGGAGACGGAUGAAGACUCGAGUUCUUCAUUGGUGAAGAAGGAGGAGCCAGAGGAAAAGCAGGAACCAAUGCAGGUGGAGGAGAAGAAAGUGGAAAUAAAGACAGAGCCUAAAGAAGAGGACGUGGAUGGAACCAACAGAACAGCGUCCUCUUCCCCGUCUCGGAAGAAAGUCUUCAAGCCUGAAGAAUUGCGCCAGGCCCUUAUGCCGACUUUGGAAUCCCUGUACAGACAGGAUUCCGAGUCUUUGCCCUUUAGACAGCCAGUUGACCCUAUGCUUUUGUGUAUUCCAGACUAUUUUGACAUAGUUAAGAACCCAAUAGAUCUGUCCACCAUAAAGCGCAAACUGGACACUGGCCAGUACCAGGAUCCCUGGCAGUAUGUAGAUGAUGUCUGGCUGAUGUUCAACAAUGCAUGGCUGUACAACCGCAAGACCUCUCGUGUGUACAAGUGUUGCUCCAAGUUAGCCGAGGUUUUCGAGGCUGAGAUUGACCCCGUCAUGCAAAGCUUGGGCUACUGCUGCGGCAGGAAGUUUGAAUUUUCCCCACAAACACUCUGUUGUUAUGGAAAACAGCUUUGCACCAUCCCAACUGGCGGCACAUACUACAGUUACCAAAACAGGUACCAUUUUUGUGAGAAGUGCUUCAAUGAGAUUCAGGGAGAAAGUGUGACGUUAGGAGAUGACCCUGCACAGCCGCAAACGAUGAUAUCAAAAGACCAGUUUGAAAAAAAGAAGAACGAUGUACUGGAACCUGAGCCGUUUGUUGAAUGUAAAGAUUGUGGACGGAAGAUGCACCAGAUAUGUGUCUUGCACUAUGAGGUUAUUUGGCCAUCUGGAUUCAUCUGUGACAACUGUUUAAAGAGAAGUGGGAAAACACGGAAGGACAACAAGUUCUCAGCUAAAAGGCUGCAGUCAACCCGACUGGGAAUGUCUAUAGAAGAGCGUGUCAAUAAAUUCUUGAAGCGACAGAACCACCCGGAAGCUGGAGAGGUGUUUGUGCGGGUGGUUGCAAGUUCGGACAAAACGGUGGAGGUGAAACAAGGCAUGAAAGCAAGGUUUGUGGAUACCGGUGAGAUGCCAGAGACCUUUCCUUACAGAACCAAAGCACUUUUCGCCUUUGAAGAGAUUGAUGGUGUAGAUGUGUGCUUCUUUGGCAUGCAUGUACAGGAGUACGGCUCUGAAUGCCCUUUCCCCAACACUAGACGAGUCUACAUAUCUUACCUUGACAGUAUUCACUUCUUCAAACCCAGAGUUUUAAGAACAGCAGUGUACCAUGAGAUCCUUAUCGGCUAUCUAGAAUAUGCCAAGAAACUCGGCUAUGCUCAAGGCCACAUCUGGGCAUGUCCACCAAGUGAGGGGGAUGACUACAUCUUCCACUGUCAUCCUCCCGAGCAGAAGAUCCCUAAACCUAAGAGGCUUCAAGACUGGUAUCGGAAGAUGCUGGACAAAGCUUUUGGGGAAAGGAUCUUGCACAACUACAAGGAUAUUUUCAAACAAGCAACUGAAGACCGACUUACCAGCGCCAAUGAGCUGCCCUACUUUGAAGGAGACUUCUGGCCCAAUGUUUUGGAGGAAAGCAUCAAGGAGUUGGAGCAGGAAGAGGAGGAGAGAAAGAAGGAGGAGAAUACAGCUGCCUCUGAAACUCCAGAAGGUACCCCGGGUGACAGCAAAAAUGCUAAGAAGAAAAACAACAAGAAGACAAAUAAAAACAAAAGUAGCGUGAGUCGAGCCAACAAGAAGAAGCCUGGAAUGCCGAAUGUAGCAAACGAUUUGUCCCAGAAGCUUUAUGCCACCAUGGAAAAGCACAAAGAGGUUUUCUUUGUAAUCCACCUCCACUCCGGCCCCAUGGUCAACAGUUUGCCUCCCAUUAUUGACCCUGACCCCUUACUCUCCUGUGACCUGAUGGAUGGCCGUGAUGCUUUCCUGACUUUGGCCAGGGACAAACAUUGGGAGUUCAGCUCUCUCAGGAGGUGCAAGUGGAGCACCAUGUGUAUGCUCGUUGAGCUGCACAACCAGGGACAGGACCGCUUUGUGUACACUUGCAAUGAGUGCAAGCACCACGUCGAGACGCGGUGGCACUGCACAGUGUGCGAGGACUUUGACCUUUGUAUUAAUUGUUAUAACGCAAAGGGCCAUGAGCACCAGAUGGUCAAAUGGGGUCUCGGCCUGGAUGAUGACAACAACAGCCAGAGUGGCGAGGCCUCAAAGAGCCCCCAGGAAAGUCGGCGUUUGAGCAUUCAACGCUGCAUCCAGUCGCUUGUUCACGCUUGUCAGUGCCGCAACGCCAAUUGCUCUCUACCGUCCUGCCAAAAGAUGAAGAGAGUGGUACAGCACACCAAGUGCUGCAAGCGGAAAACAAACGGCGGCUGUCCUGUGUGCAAGCAACUUAUUGCUUUAUGCUGUUACCAUGCAAAGAACUGUCAGGAGAAUAAGUGUCCGGUGCCGUUCUGCCUGAAUAUCAAACAUAAGCUACGGCAGCAGCAGCUGCAACACAGGCUGCAGCAGGCUCACUUGAUGAGGAGAAGAAUGGCUACAAUGCAAGGCAGAACCAUGCCUCUACCGUCCCCGCCGGCUGCUCCGACAACUCCUACUUCCCACCCUCAGCCCAACACACCCCAGACGCCACAGCAGCCGCUGUCCAAUCAGCCUCAGACGCCCAACUCGGCCGGCGUCAUGUCCCCCUCUUUCCCCAACGCACCUCGUAGCGGGCAGCCGCCAGCAGCCGUGCCCCAGGGUAAACCAGGGCCGCAAGCCUCUCCUUUGCAUCAGCAACCGUCCCCUGUCCAACAGCCACCUCAGCCGCAACAAAUUCAGCAGCAGCCUCCCCUCGCCGCUGUCAAGAUGGCACGCCACAUUGAGUUAAUGGCACAGGCCCAACAGAACCAGCAGAACUAUCUGGUCAACAUGAACAGCUUGCCCAUGAACCCUCAGCAGCCACAGCAGCGUAUGGCGGGACCAAUGCAACCACCCAUGCAAAUGGUACCAGGUCCUCGGGGACCGCAAGUCAUGCAAACAAACAUGGCGUCAGGUCAAUGGCCUGGACCUGCAGGCCCCAUGCAGGCUGCACAGACUCAACAACCAGGUCUUGUCCCGGGCCAGACACCCCCGCAGGCCAUGACCAUGCAGCGAGCCAUGAUGACCCCAGGACAGCAACCUCCUGGCCAGAGGAUGCUAAUUCCACAGCAACCUGGUGCGAGGCCACAGGCACCGCAGAGACCUGGUGCCAUAGCCCCCAAUGCCCUCCAAGAUCUCCUCCGUACCCUCAAGUCCCCCAGCUCACCUCAGCAGCAGCAGCAAGUCCUCAACAUCCUCAAAUCAAACCCCCAGCUAAUGGCUGCGUUCAUCAAGCAACGAACAGCCAAGUACCACGCCAACCAGCCGCAGCAGCAAGCAGGCCAGCAGCAAGGUUUGCCCACAAUGCAGACCAUGGCUAUGCCGGGAGGUGCGGUGCAAAGGCCAGGGAUGCCAUCUCCGCAACCUCAGCAGACUCCUGCUCAGGGUAUGGCAGCGAUGGGCGCUCAAGGGCAGCUGAUGAACGCAGCUCACAACACCAACCCGCAGCUUCAAGAGCUAUAUCGUCGGCAACUCUUGAGGCAGCAGCAACAGCAGCAGCAACAACAGCAGCAGCAACAAGGAGUGAUGCCUCAGGGACACCCCGGUCAGUUCCCUGCCCAAGCCCAGGGUACAGCAGCUACUUACUCCCAGCUUCGCAUGCAGCAACAACAGAUGCAGGCCAUGCAAGCAGGUGCAGGAGCAGCAGGAGGACCAAUGGGCCAGCUACCACCCAUGGCUCAGAUGGCUCAGCAAAGCAUGGGAAUGGACCCUGCUCAGAAACUAAUGCAUCAACGGUUGCUUCAGCAGCAGCAGCAACAACAACAACAACAGCAGCAGCAACAUCUCCCGCAGCAACAGGCUGUCCUCAAGCCGCAAAUGGCCUCUCCUGCCCAGCCCAGCCCCCUGAGCCCCCAGACCCACCUGCUUGGCAGUCAGCCACAAGGUGGGCAGCAUCUCCCUGGUCAGCCCUCACUAGCCAACAGUCUCAGCAAUCAAGUCCGUUCCCCUGCGCCAGUUCAGUCCCCCUGCCCACCCUCGCAACCACCACCACAUUCCAGUCCCUCGCCGCAGAUACAGAACCAGCCCCAGCCUUCACCGCAGCACCCGCCUCCACCCCACUCCAGUUCCCCCCAUCAUGGACUUGGACUUUCAAGUUCCAUGGAACAGGGACACUUGGGGACACCAGAACAAAGCGCCAUGCUACCCCAGCUUAACCCUCCCAACAGAGGGGUACUAAAUAGUGACUUGAAUAUGGUGGGAGAUGCUACAGGAGACACUCUAGAGAAGUUUGUGGAGGGAUUGUAG